CUUUUAAGAGGGACGGAGCUCCAUGCUUCCCGCCCGGUGGAGGGUUCAGACGUCCUCCUUGCACUUUUCCCUCCCUGCGCGCACCAGGCAUCGGAUAACGCGGACAGUUCCUCACUGAUAAGACAGACAAACUGGAAAAAAGGAGACUUUCAUUAAACCAGGAUCUUUGCAAAUAGGGGGUUUAAAGAGUCAGCGGCUGGAAAUGAAUCCCAAGAACAGAAUCUGCGUAAGUCAGAGCUCGAUCAGACAUCCUCUGACUCACUGACAGAUGAAUGGCCACUUGGAUGUAAAGAUCUGUUUUCUUCGGAGUCUGUCUGCAGCCUGAACUGAUCUGAAGCCUGCGCGGUCAUGUGGGUCUGAACGGCUUCCAGCGGUUGUGCUUGUGGGUCCGCCCAGCACGGACAGAGUUUGGCUCUGGUCGGAUAAAGAGGAUCGUUCCUGUCCCGUUUUCUGCGCCUCAUCAGACUUUUGGACCACCGGAGAGAUUGUUUCCGUUUGUCUUUGGGUGUUCAUGACAGCCGCGCAGCUCUGCCUUUUCAACUCAUCCCGAGAGGAGCGCGUGAACAUUCAGAGGAGCGACUGGUGACUGACAUCUGCGCAAAGACGCGCGGAUCUCCAAAUCAACUUCCAAAGUAAAGCGCGCAAGUUUUACGCCUGGAAUAUAUGAAUAGAUGAUUCGCGCAGGACACAGGAAGACGCACACUUAGACCUACACAAUGUUCAAAAGGGGCUGUGGGCUGGAGUUCCUGUUGGUUCUCUGUGGGCUCGAGUUCUCCUGGUCCUGCCCCCAUCACUGCAUCUGCUACACUGCUCCCAGCACCGUCUCCUGCCAGGCUCACAACUUCCUGUCAGUCCCUGACGGCAUUCCUCCUGACAGUGAACGCAUCUUCCUACAGAACAACAAAAUUCAUCGCUUACUUCCAGACCACUUCAGCUCCAACACAGUCACCCUCUGGAUCUACUCCAACAACAUAACCUACAUCGACCCAUCCACCUUCCGUGGCUUCACGUUACUGGAGGAACUGGAUCUGGGAGACAACCGCCACCUACGUUCCUUGGCUGAGGACACUUUUCAUGGACUGAUAAAGCUCAAUGCGCUUCACCUGUACCGUUGUGGUCUCAGUUCUCUCCCAGAUAACAUCUUCAGAGGCUUGAGGAAUCUGCAGUAUCUCUACUUGCAGGAUAAUCACCUAAAGAACCUGCAGGAUGACACAUUUAUGGACCUUCACAACCUGAGCCACCUGUUCCUGCAUGGAAACCGUCUCUGGAGUCUUAGCCAGAACACCUUCAGAGGCCUCAGAGCCUUGGACCGUUUGCUUCUGCACCAAAACCAGAUAGAAUGGGUUGACAACCUUGCCUUCCAUGACCUGAAGAGUCUCACUACCCUUUACUUGUUCAAUAACUCUCUGACAGAGCUGUCUGGACAGUGUCUGGAAAUGCUCCCUGCUCUGGAAUAUCUGCGUCUCAACGACAACCCCUGGUCAUGUGACUGUAAGGCGCUAUCACUUUGGGAAUGGUUAAAACGUUUCCGUGGUUCAACAUCCUCCGUGGGGUGCCAGAUGCCUGAUUAUUUGGUUGGGAAAGACCUUAAGGAGCUCCGCAAAGAGGACUUCCCCAACUGUGCACCGACAGUUUCCAACUCAGAGUCCAGAGCUCAGACUAACAACUUAUCAGGCACAGUGAACCCCUCAAUGAAUCGAGGAGUAGCGGUGGGUUCCGGCGGGCAGACAAACAUCGCACAUCCAUCAAGGCCCGGGCGUCCUCGGACCUGCACAAAGCCUCGCAACAGGGGCAGCAAGGAGAAAGGUGACAAUGAAGUGCACCAUUCAAAGGAGGUCAUGGCCGACAAAGAGGAUUCCUCCCCAAACUUCACAGAGGGAGGGAAGCAUGACCACACGUCCCCAGAUGGCACAGUGACACGGAGAAAGCACAAAUGCACUCCCCGGACCACUGUUCGCCCCCCUAGUGGGGUUCAGCAAGUCAACAAUAAUGCAGCGCUGUCCAAGUCCUUACUACCUUUCCGAGCCCUCAUUGUGGCCUUGAUAGCAACAAAUACUGAGUACAUUCUUCGCUGACCUCCACAUCGUCGCAAAAAUACAUUUUUUUUUUUUAAAGCACAGCCCUCAGACCUUCUACUGCUCCUACACUGCAAGUCCAGUGUCUUUCAUGUAUGUGUGUGAGUGUGGUUUUAUGUAUAAAUGUCGUAGGGAGCUUUACUGUUUGAGCUGAAAAAGAUAGCACAACAUCAGACAUUCACAGGAGAACAGUUCAGAGAGACUGAGGCUGAUAAAUGCAGAUGAAUGCAGACUUAGCUUCCACUGCCAGUUCCACUAAAACUGCAUCUCUAUUGAUCUCCAACAUGUCUGGUUUUUUCUACACACAGCUGGAGCUCGGAUUACCAAAAGAGGGUGAAAUGAGGGCAAAAGAAGGAGCGAUAAAGAGCAAGAGAAGUAAAACUUGUGUUGUGAUGGAAGAAAGUUUCAAUAUGAGUUUAGAUUUUGUAAGUUGCAAAAAAAUAAUAAUAAAGAGUUGGUGAGUCUAGAUUUCUGUAAGAGGUCCUCAUCUGUUGCCUAUCUGAUUUUAGUAUUUUUCAUACUGCUUUUUUUUUUAAAUCAAACAUUCUUAAAAUGUUCUAUCUAACUCCAGGUUUCAGGACAGAUUAAUGUUAUACAGGUAAACCUGUGUACUUUUUUGUUCUACCUUUUGCCUGCACAGUUUAUGACCUCAUUUAAAAUGUUGGUUUUACUUCUCUGUGCAACUGAAGAAUAGGCUGCUUCAUUUUCCCACACAGAGGAUCGCCAUCUUCAUCUGCUUUUAUACUGACAGUGUUUCUCUGUGAGAGUCUAAGCUGUGAAUAUUAAGAAGUUUGUCUAUUUUUUUUCGGUGAAAUGUUGUUCAUUUGAUUUUUCGUAAGACACAAAAUGGACCUAGAGAUGAAUCCCCGCUGCAGGGUCAAGGUGGAGCUUUAGAGGUCAAGGGUCAACUGAGGGUUCCUCAGUUUCCCCGUAAGGUGAUGUGAGGAACUACUUCCUCCUCCAUGAGGACAUCCUCCCUUCAUCCCCAAUGAGGACACGAGGAGCACAUUCGGAACUGCUGAACUUCAAAGAAAACCAGAAACAAGACUCUACAUUUGAAAAAUAAAAAUAGUGUGCAUACCUUAAGAGACUCAAUGAUCAACAAACUUUUACCAGAACUCUGGCUGCGGCAUGGACAAGCAACGGUCUUGCAGAGUUAUGCGUCUUCAUCAACUGGUGCGAUUGUUUAUAUAGGUAUGAGGAUACCGGUACAAGACAAUCGCUUCCGAUUUCAGAAAGGGAUGCUGACUGUGACGGGACGUCUCGCUGUACUUCUGGAGCUUUUGUGCCUCGCUCUAAUGUACUAAUAUGAUGCCGUUUGUAUCAACAAUGUGAAUUUUACUGCUAACAGGGGCGGUCUGAGGACAUCCCGCAGUGCUGAUAUUAAUCAUUUACAGUAUUAUUCUGACAGCAAAUAUCAGUCACAUCAAUGACGAAAAACAGGGUUUCCUGCUCCUCCUCCAAGGAGGGCCACUUCCGUUUUUGAGUUUCUGGAGUUUGUUUAAUUUCCAUGUUGUUUUAAGAACCUGACUAUUUGUUUAAAGCACAGUUCCUCAUUCCCCCAUGCCACCACCACCUCUUCAGUUUUCCUUUGCCAUCAUCAAACUGUUCAGUAAGUUAUUGUCAGAGGACAACGGUAAAAAAUGUUUAUAAAGACAUUAAAAUCUAUAUCUUAUGUCUAC